AUGUCUGACCGCCAUACCAAACGCCCACAUGGCGCAAGCAGCUCUAGCAAGAGCUCCCGCCGCACAACGCAUGUGAGUAGUGGCUUCAUAUUCGUAAACCACCCUUCUUAUAAUUUGCCCUCAUUAUCAAGUUCUCCGUAAUAUCAUCUCGUUGGGCUUGAUAUCUGGAAGCAAGAGUGUUGUUUCUAGCCAUCUCCCACAUCAAGAUAUGUAAUUCAGUCCAAAACACGCGAGACUAACACAUUUUCAGCGAGAUGUCCCAGCACUCAUUGAAUCCCUCAAUACUCACCGGGUCAACACACUUACAGAGCUUCGCCGCAUCGAGCGGGUUGCUGCUGAAUCAUCCGACGCCGAUGCUUUCGCCUUCCAGACCCCGAUGACUUCCGCGUGGACUUACUACGUGACGUCGAAUAACUUGUUAAGCGAGCUUCGCAAUCUUACUCGAAACUAUCCUUUCAGCAGUGAUAUGUUAGAUGCUGCUAAGUGGAGAGUUAGUAAUGAUCCAGACAGUAACCGUAGCUGGAAUUAUGCCUGGCUUGUACUGGUGAAAACAAAGGACGAGUAAGUCUUCUGCCCCUUGAUCCAGUACCUGCUCCGAACUAGCAAAACUGAGCUUGAAACUUAGCGAAAUGAUUGAUACCUACGCCUCCGCCCAAGCCAACAAGCCUGAAAUGUGGGGUGGUCGGGUUCCUGAGCCGGACGAAGCUCAACAGUUGGCUGCUUGCUUCGCAUACGAGUGGAAAAUGGCACUCGAUCAGAUGCUACGACACUGGGAGACCCCUCCAACUACCACUGGCUACUAA